AUGGUUCGGAGCGAUCCCACUACUGAUCGACACGGGGGCUUUGACCUGCUCCGUCUCCGACCUGGGCCGGUUCACCCCUCUUUAGACGACCUGGCGGUCCCGAGCUCCCCCAGGAGCACCAUAUCGAUACCGAACUUAGCGCGGACUCCCGAUCGACAUAGUCCACGGCAGCCCAGAAGCCCUGAGCUCAAGCGAUCCGCCAGCCUCAGCCUCCCAGUAGCUUGGAUUACAGGCGCCGCCACCGCACCCGAAAGUUUGUCCACGGUGUGCGGAGAUAAAAAAGAUGAGUUUCAACGCGAAGAGUACUAUCGGUCGGUUUUUGACGAGCAGCUCGCCUCGACUAUCGAGGAUUUGGAGAAAGAGUCGGAGGAAAAGACGAGCUCGAUGCUUCUCGCGGAGGACAUCGAGGAGAACAGGAGAGCGACCAUAGCCCUGGAAGAGCAGGAAAAGGAGUUGCAGGGGAAGCGGGAGCGUUUGCGAGAAAGAGCCGAAAAGGUGGCAAAAGAAAAGGAGGAACUGAGGCAGUUAAAACGGGAUACUGCUAAGGAGCUGCAAGAAAAUCAGGCCCAAAAGCUGCAAGCCAUCCAACAUGCAAAGGAAGAGGAAGAAAAAAUCGAAAAGCUAGAAAAGAGCAUUGAAGAACUGACGAAACGGUAUGAAGGCCUGCUCGAAGAAAGACAAGAACAGCACCGGCGUAGACGGCAGGCCAAACUAAACCGGGAGAGCAGUGCAAAGAUGCCUGGAAAGUUUGAGGAUGCCGAUCGACGCCGUGAAUGCCGUAGAGCAGAGUACCUGAGAGACGAAAACCUACGACUUAAAGCUGAACUAAAAGAGAUCGAUCGCUCAAAUCUGGAACUGCAGAAGGACAUAAAGGAGGAGAAGACUCGUAUCCUGCACCUCUCCGAAGAGCUGAGGCAGAAGAAGACAGAGCUGGAAGACAUCACAGCAGAAACAGAAAGAUUGAAACUGAAACUAGAGGAAGAGCUCACCACUGAACAUGAAGACGAGGUCCUGAACGCUCAGAUAAAGGCCGGGAUUCGUUCGAUGUAUCAAAUGAUCGCACCUUACUGGAAAGAGUCUGAAGCUGUUGAGGACCCCUUCAAGCAGCUGCAGCUGAUUCGAAAACAGUUUCAACUUAUGAAAGCUUUUGGUGAAGAACAAAAAGCAGGUGAAACUAAAGACAACAAGCAGCGGAGAUCCAAGCUAUGAAGAUGCACCAAAACCAGCCAGAUGUACCUAAACUACAUAAUAAAAUCAUUUUGACAGCA